AGAGAUUCGUGUCCAGCUGACCGAACAAGUGAAAUGUUUGGACGCACAGGUGGAUUUCCGCCAGCAGUUGCUCCAGGACAUGAGCGAGUUAUUGCGCAGGAAAGCUGAGAUUAAUUUGGAGUAUUCCCGAAGCUUGGAGAAACUGAGCGACCGCUUCUCUGCUAAAAUCCGCAACUCCAAGGAGCACCAUGGUUUCAGGAAGGAACAACAGCAUCUCCUAUCCCCCGUGAAUUGCUUGUAUAUGAUUCUUAACCACACACGUCAGGAGAGUCGGGACUAUGCAGCACUUAGUGAUGUUUACACCACACACCUCAUCCCCCGCCUGGCACAUAUCGGAGAGGACCUUACUCGCCUCACCAAGAAGAGUAAAGAUAUUGGGGCUCAGCAGCAGGAAGAUCUGAUGAAGCUGAUGUCAGAGCUGCAGGGGGCAGUGAAGACCUACCAGCUGUACCACAAUGACUGUCUGAACUCUGAGCACAAACUGAGGGAGGCCGAGAAGCAAGAAGAAAAGCGCACAGGCAAAGUGAGCGAGCAGACCGCAAGCUCACCAGUAGCUGAAAGGGGGCCGAGGCGCAGUUCCCUUAAGAAGACAGAGAGGCUUGUAGAGAAGAGGUCGAAAAAGUACCAGGAAAACAGUCAAAAAUGCACAAAAGCCCGGAAUGAAUAUCUUAUCAAUUUGAACACCGUGAACUCCAAUCUCAAUAAUUACUAUAUCCAUGACGUUAGUGACCUUAUCGAUUGCUGCGACCUUGGCUUUCACCUGUCUAUGGGAAAGACACUGCGUGUGUAUCUGCAGGCUGAAGAUCGAGUGCAAACGUCUCGACAGCAGGGCCUGCAGGCCAUAGAAGGGGCUGUGGACAACUUAGAUGCACAGGCCGACAAGAACAAGCUGAUGGAAAUGCGCAGUGAUGCGUUCUGCCCCCCAGCACGAUUUGAAUUUCAGCCCCAUGAGGGGGAUGAGGUAACUGAAGUUCGAUCUGAGCAAUUCUUCCACCAAGAGUUAGUCAGUCGGUUCCAGCAUAUUCAGUCCAGACUGGAAAGGGAGCAUCUGGAAACAGAAGAGGUGAAUAAGACUCUUAAAGCUACCCUGCAGUCCCUCCUAGACCUUAUUGGAGCUGAUGACUAUGACUUAUCAGAUGCGUUCCAGUCCAGCCAGUCUACAGAAUCUCUUAAAUCCACUGGAUCAGACACCAGCAGUAAGACAAGCACAGCUAAGAGAAGAGCCAACCAGCAGGACACAGAGACCUUCUAUGUUUCAAAGCUGCAGAAGUAUGUGGCUGGGAGAAGCACCAUUUGUAAAUUACAGGCAAAGCGUGAUACACUAAAAGAGGCCAUAGCCAAAGCAGCUGAAUUGCACAGUAAGAUCUCUGGGAGACGGAGGUACCUGUCCCGUGCCCAGAGUUCAGGAGAGGCCAUUCCACGGGUCGUGUCCAGCUGCAUCCGCUUCAUAAAUCUGCAUGGCUUACAGCACGAAGGUAUAUUCCGUGUCCCAGGCUCACAAGUCCAGGUCAAUGAGAUCCGCAGUGCCUUCGAGAGAGGUGAGGAACCGCUGGACUCCAGCUACACUGCAAACGAUGUGGAUUCUGUAGCCGGGGUUCUCAAACUGUACUUCAGAGGCCUGGAAAAGCCACUAUUUCCUAAUGAAAUGUUUCAUGAUCUGCUGUACUGUCUCCAGCUGGAGACACAAGAUAGAGUAGCUCACCUAAAGAAGCUGGUGCUACAGCUGCCCAUCACUGUCACACUUGUACUACGAUACCUCUUUGCCUUUCUAAACCAUUUGUCACAAUACAGUGAUGAGAACAUGAUGGACCCCUAUAACCUGGCUGUGUGUUUUGGCCCUACAUUGGUUUCUAUCCCAGAGGGGCAGGAUCCAGUAUCUGUUCAGGCUCACGUCAAUGAGGUUGUAAAGUCUAUUAUCAUUUAUCAAGAACGGGUAUUCCCAGGGCAAGCAGAACUGGAGGGCCCUGUGUAUGAGAAAUGUAUGACAGUGGAGGAGGAGGAUGAAGAAUACUGUGACACAUUAGCCCUGGAAGUCACCAUUGAAGAAAGUGACCAGGAGAUGCACCAAGAAAUGGGUGUCAGUGAAGACGAGCUGGACACAGUGGAGGCCACAGCAAAGUUUGACUAUUCAUCCCGGACACCGCAGGAGCUGUCUUUCAAGAAGGGGGACACAAUCUUACUUCACUGCAAAGCAUCUGGGGACUGGUGGAGAGGGGAAUUAUCAGGGAUGCGAGGAUUAGUCCCUCACAAAUACAUCAGUAUUCCUGAAGGAGCAGAGAAAAAACUAGAACAGCGUACACUGAGGAAGGAGGUGGACGCAGGAACAGCUCUUAUCCCUGAUGAUAUUUUGGUUGAGCCCAGCAGGGUUCGUGUAAACUCAGACAGCGCCUGCUCUCCUAGAAAACGCAGUGAGGGGAGCCCCAUCAGAAAGCUCAACUCUCCAUUCAUGGAGGCGCCCCGACUUCCUUUUCCAAUGGCCCCCUCUGGACCAAGGCUUCUAGGUCAUAUUGAAAGGUUACCUGGAGAGAGGAGGAACCUGAUCGACAGCACACCAAAGGGGGCGUCUGCAAUUAAAACUUGGCACAGUGAACGGCAAAGCAUAGAAGUCGAUAAGGAUGUGACAAAGAACAUGAACAAUGUUUUUCGAGAACUGCUGGGUAAAACUGCUAUGAGGCAAGGUGGACUGGAAGAAGCAGUGGAAGUGGCCAAAGCAGCAAAGUCAAAUAAACCCACCGUGCCAAGCAGUUGCGAGGUCGUCCGUGGGAGCCCAGCAGGGAAAAAGGGGCCUCAGGGUAGAGCAGUUUUUGGGGCCAGAAGAUGA